GUCAGGCCCAUAACACGCAGCAUCUCCGAUUUCUCCUCCGGCUUUUUCCCUUCCUCCCCCAGCUUUUCUAGUCCUGCUUCUUGUCUCUUCCUUCCCCAGUCUUCAUCCGUUCUCUGUCAUUCACACAAUGCUCUCCACUCUGCGUGUUGCCAGCCGCUCGGCUGUUGCUCGCGAUGCGAACAUGCGCACCGUGGUCAUCGGUGCUAGACAUGCCUCGGCCUGGUCUAACGUGCCCCAGGGCCCUCCAGAUGCCAUUCUCGGUAUCACCGAGGCCUUCAAGGCCGACUCCUUCAAGGAGAAGAUCAACCUGGGCGUCGGUGCUUACCGUGACGACAAGGGCAAGCCUUACGUCCUGCCCUCCGUCCGCGAGGCCGAGGACAAGGUCGUUGCUUCGCGCUUCGACAAGGAAUAUGCCGGCAUCACCGGUGUCCCUGCCUUCACCACUGCCGCUGCCGAGCUCGCCUACGGCAAGGACUCCUCCGCCCUGACCGAGGACCGUCUCGUCAUCACCCAGACCAUCUCCGGUACCGGUGCUCUGCGCAUCGGUGGUGCGUUCCUGAAGCGCUUCUACCCUCACGCAAAGAAGAUCUACCUCCCCAACCCCAGCUGGGCCAACCACAACGCCGUCUUCAAGGACUCGGGCCUCGAGGUUGAGAAGUACCGCUACUAUAACAAGGACACCAUCGGUCUGGACUUUGAGGGCCUGAUCGCCGAUAUCAAGGCCGCUCCCAACAACAGCAUCAUCCUGCUGCACGCUUGCGCUCAUAACCCUACCGGUGUUGACCCUACCCAGGAGCAGUGGCGUCAGAUCAGCGAUGUCGUCAAGGAGAAGGGCCACUUUGCCUUCUUCGACAUGGCCUACCAGGGCUUCGCCAGCGGCAACGCUGACCAGGACGCUUUCGCACCUCGCCACUUCGUCAAGGAGGGCCACAACAUCGCUCUGUGCCAGAGUUUCGCCAAGAACAUGGGUCUCUACGGUGAGCGUGUUGGUGCUUUCUCGCUCGUCUGUGAGAACACCGAGGAGAAGAAGCGCGUCGAGUCUCAGAUCAAGAUUCUGAUCCGCCCCUUCUACUCUAACCCCCCCAUCCACGGUGCCCGUGUCGCCUCCACCAUCAUGAACGACCCCAAGCUGAACGAGCAGUGGCUCGGUGAGGUCAAGGGCAUGGCUGAUCGCAUCAUUGAGAUGCGCUCCCUGCUCCGCAAGAACCUGGAGGAGCUCGGCAGCAAGCACGACUGGUCCCACAUCACUAGCCAGAUCGGCAUGUUCGCCUACACCGGUCUGAAGCCCGAGCAGAUGGACGUUCUCGCCAAGGAGCACUCCGUCUACGCCACUAAGGACGGCCGUAUCUCCGUCGCUGGUAUCACCACCGGCAACGUCAAGCGCCUGGCCGAGUCCAUCUUCAAGGUCACUGGUUAAACGGGUAAAAAUGAAUCCGAAGAGGGGAGAUUCCAAUCGCAUAAAGAGGCGAGGCAAAAAUGUGCGACGAAACGAGAACGGGUUUGUGUAGAUGGGAAGAAGCUUCUUUGGAUGGCUUCUUCUCUUGGGCGCGCCCAUGUACUGAUAUCUAAUGUCUCUGUGUUUUAUAUUUAGCAUGGUUCGGCUUUAGUCCAUCUCAACUGAGAUUUUGGAUUGGUCAUUUAUUUGGUUACUGUUGUAAUUGCGUAGCGUAUGUGAUAGGAGAGGUGAUGCGAAUGGGAGUUACAAUCGUGCUCGUAAAUGACAUUCUUAAGUGUUUCAG